AGGCGCCAAGGCUCCAACAAAGUGAUGCAGCCAAUAAACUGCUUUUACCUUUGCCUCUUCUUUGCUUCCUCCGCUACUUUCACUGUCACAGUUCUAUCCUACUCUGUCUCCUCCUCAAACGCAGAGAGUCCCCCUCUUCUCUCUCUACGAUCCAAACCCAAACUCGCCCUUUUCUUUUGUUUCUUUGUCAAUUCCAAUGUUGAUAUUUUCCCCAUCUCCUUCUCCUACCCAUCAAUUCUAACGCUACACAAGAAACGUUUUUGCUAUUUGGGUACCCUUCAAGUUUGGUGCUUUUGGCCGAGCAAUCAAGCAAAACUUUUGUUUCCUUUCUAAUAUUUGAUUUCAAGUGCAUGGCUCUUCACCCGACUGCCUUCUACUUUGGUGGUGUGGCUUUUAAUUCUCGUAAUUCCGUUACUUUCAGACGUGGGAAUGUUAGAGCCUCUGGUUUCUCUUCUCUUCCUCUCGUUUCCAUUCCGCUAUCCAGUUUGCAAUGUAAAGCAUUUUCAGGUGAUGGGUUAAAUGAAACAAAAGACUCCUCCCUGGUGGUUUGUUUUGGGGAAAUGUUGAUUGAUUUUGUUCCAACCACCAAUGGGCUUUCAUUGGCUGAAGCAUCUGCAUUUAAAAAGGCUCCGGGAGGUGCACCAGCAAAUGUUGCGGUUGGUAUUGCUCGUCUUGGUGGCACCUCAGCUUUUAUCGGAAAGGUUGGUGAAGAUGAAUUUGGAUACAUGCUUGCCAAUAUUUUAGAGGAGAAUAAUGUGAACAAUGAAGGGAUGCGUUUUGAUCCUGGUGCACGAACUGCUUUAGCAUUUGUUACAUUGAAAAAUGAUGGAGAACGUGAAUUCAUGUUUUACCGUAAUCCAAGUGCUGAUAUGUUGCUUCAAGAAGAUGAACUUGAUUUUAAUUUGAUUAGGAAGGCAAAAAUAUUUCAUUAUGGCUCUAUAAGUCUUAUAACAGAACCAUGCAAGUCAGCUCACAUUGCAGCAGCAAAAGCAGCAAAGGAUGCUGGUGUCCUCCUGUCCUAUGAUCCUAACCUGAGGCUUCCACUGUGGUCAUCUGCUGAUAGUGCAAGAGAAGGCAUUCUGAGCAUUUGGGAACUUGCUGAUAUUAUCAAGAUAAGUGAAGAAGAGAUAUCUUUCUUAACUAAAGGGGAGGAUCCAUAUGAUGAUGCUGUUGUUAGGAAACUAUUCCAUCCAAAUCUUAAAAUGCUUCUUGUCACUGAGGGUGCAGAUGGUUGCAGGUAUUACACCAAAGAGUUCAAUGGGAGAGUCAGGGGCUUAAAGGUUGAUGCAGUGGAUACUACGGGUGCUGGGGAUGCUUUUGUGGCAGGAAUAUUAUCACAGCUAGCUGAGGAUCUGUCCUUGCUUCAGAAUGAGCACCGAUUAAGAGAUGCUCUUGCGUUUGCUAAUGCUUGCGGUGCAUUGACUGUGACGGAGAGAGGUGCAAUUCCAGCUUUGCCAACCAGAGAAGUUGUGCAGAAUGCCAUCCUGAAGUUUGUAGCAUAGGGUUUACACAAGAUGUCUACAACCCAGACUUAAUGCCAAUUCUUUGGAUUAGUGAAUGGUGAUAAUGCUAGUGCUGGAUGCCAGCAUAGAAUCUAAUUUUCUUAAAUAAUUCAAACAUUUGCUAGUCUGUUCAUGCUGCUGCAAGUUUUUCCAUAAUUUAUUGAGUUCAAUUAUUUUGAUU